AUGUGCUGUCUUCAGCUCAAGGACAUGGUGCUCAAGUUCUCCGGCUCCAGCAAGCAGUGCAAGGGGACGGCGGCCGGGACCCAGUCUUUCAGGAGCGGCGGGGGCAGCAGGUACCGCCGCCCCUACCCCAGCUUCAUCGACGACACCGGCUUCGCGCCGGCGAGCAAGGUUCUCGGCGACGACUACUACCCGGGGACCGCAUUGGCUGGGGCAGGCGCCGCCGCCGGUGGUGGGGCGCGAACCGCGCCGUCGGAUACGUUGGACAUGACCAGGAGCAACCGCAAGAGCCCCGGGAGUAGCGGCUGGAUUCCGAGCGAGGAGGCGGCGGACGAUGUCAUCGCUGUGGAGGACGCCGCCGUGCCCAGGGAGUGGACGUCGCAGGUGGAGCCUGGCGUCCAGAUCACCUUCGGCACCAUCCCGAGCGGCGGCAACGACCUCAAGCGCAUCCGCUUCAGUCGGGAGAUGUUCAACAAGUGGGAGGCACAGCGCUGGUGGGGCGAGAACUACGACCGCAUCGUGGAGCUGUACAACGUGGUGACGUUCAGCGGCCGGCUGCAAGGGAGCUCCACUCCGGUGUCCUCCGUCGACGACUCCGUGCUGAGGGACUCGUCUUACUCCCGUGGAGGCUCGACGAGCAGGGGCGGCAGCCCGAUCACAGUGCCGCCGCAGCCGCCACUACCGCUACCGCCGGUGGCAAGCAAAGAACCGUUCGCUCGGAGCGCGUCGUUUAAGGCAACGGCAGCAGGGUCCUCGUCAGCACCGUACGCGGCCGCGCAUUCCACCAGGGAGGCAUACUUCGCGUCCGCGGCCGUGCCCGACCCGUCCGACCACGUCUGGGCGCACCACUUCAACAUGCUCAACUCCGCGGCGGCGGCGGCGGCCGGCACGUCCGCGAUGGGCGGCGGCGGGGGCCCGUCGUCCUACGACCCGUCGCGCGCCACCACGUCGUCCCGAGACGAGGCGGCUUCCGUGUCCCUCAGCAACGUGAGCGACCUGGAAGCCACGGACUGGAUCGAGGAGGACGAACCGGGCGUGUGCCUCACCAUCCGCGAGCUCGGCGACGGCACACGCGAGCUCCGCCGCAUCCGGUUCAGCCGGGAGAGGUUCGGCGAGGAGAGGGCAAAGGUGUGGUGGGAGCAGAACAGGGAGAGGAUACAAGCUGAAUAUCUGUAG